CACCAGCAUCAUCACCACAACCACCUCUCAGUCGGAAGCAGAAAGUCCAUUGGAAGUUUAGUCCUCGAAGCCCAAAGGAACGUCUCGAGCAGGUCGACCUUAAUCGCAGUAGUUACUCACCAUUACCUUCACCACAGCCAGGAUGGUGACCGAGAUAGUGAUGAUGGUUAUGUUGGGUGUGGUGAUGGUGAGUGCCAACGUGCCUGCUGAGAAGACGGACUUACACGACCUCUACCUCCCGGACUGUGGUGAAAUAACGAAAAUGGCGCCUGGGGAAACAGCCAUCAUCAAUUCUCAUCUACCAACUGAAGACCAUCCCGACGAACAUAAGUGUGUAUGGAAAUUUGUCUGUAAAGAAAUAAAUGACAACUACAUACGAGUUGAAUGCCUUUACUUCGACUUAACAUCAGCAGCGAAUUGUGGUGAUAAGCUGGUCAUGAGGAAGUAUAAACGAUCACCGAAAACAAAGUUCUGCGGUACUGAUGGCCCUCAUGGGGUAGAGAACAAUCAGGGAUGGAUGAAACUCACCUACACUUCAGACGCUGUGGACGACGAACACAGUGGCUUCCAGUGUUACGUGAAAUGUCUUGCGAAAUAGACCACGGCUGAACCUUGAUUAUCCCUGAUCAUAGAUGACCUUGAUAAUUGUUGAUCUUCACAUGUUUCCUUCAAAAUAUCUAAAUUCACUCAUAACACCAUAAUGUAUACCAGUCAACUAUAUAACUCCUUGUGUUAUCUUUGGUGUGUGGCCUCAGUAAGAGAGACUGGUGAUAACUGUAAAAUAUUUUGGUAUAAAAGCCAAUAACAUUUUCUUCUUUAAUAAUGUAAGUCUUUUUACUUAUGGAAAUGUCUCUUAAUAACUCCGGGAUCGAGAACCAAGUUGUAACCUAGAGUGAAUUGUGGUACAUUAGAUGAUAUUAUGUAAUAACUUCAAAUAAUUAUAAAAUAUUCUCUACUUUUUUACUGAAACUACACGUACAGGCUGGCAUCACUUCGGCCUUCAACGCUGAGGUGUCCAGCCGUCUGUGUAAGCGAGGCAGACUCGGUAAACAACGUUCUUAUGAAGGUGAUCAGAGCGCCGUCUAUCUACCCCAUUAUUCACACCGUAACAGCCAACCAGUCUCCCCAGUUAAUCAAUAAUAUAAUUAUAAUAAAAUGAAUAAGUCUGCACGAUGUAGUGAAGGAAAGUUGUUCAUAAUCAUCAAAUUGUAAUGAAAUAUUUUACUCGUAUAUAAAUAUUAUCUGUUUAGACUGACUACACAUAUUGUUGUUUGGUUUUAAUGUUUAUAUAAAUUAAUUUAAUAAGACUUAGAAAAGAUAACCAUAGUAACAAAACUAAUAUCCAGUUAUAAUUCUUGUAAUAUUGGGAAUGAUUAAUAUUUGGAGGAGACCAGAAACAACCCGUUUGGACCAGGUCAGGCGUUAUAACAUCAUACUUAUCCUGUGACCUAACCUAACCCAACGUAACCUAACCUAAUGUGUUUUGUAUCACUAUAGGUUAGGUUAUAUUUAGGGCCAAAUUACUUUACCCUGGUUAGGUUAACAUAAUCCAUCGUUCACAAAUGCUUGAAAAUAUAAUUGUUGGUGUCUGAUAAUAAAUGACAAAUAAGGAAGAAACUUGAAGAAAACUCCCGAGUCGUGUUACUGUGCCCUCACCCUGUUGUAGAUCUGGACCAUAAUAAAUCACACCCCAUUAA